GGCAUUCCGUAGUUUAGAGGCAAUCACAUGUGUUUCAACAAGGAAGAGGGAUUCCUGCUGAUAGUUUAUUUUAAAAAAAACACACGAUGACUGUACAGCGAUACCUCGUCAACUUAAACCAUAUGAAACGUGUUAUAUGCUUCGAAUGAAUGAACAAGGCAUAGUGGAUUUUGCUAUAGUAUAUAAGAGGCGCUAGAUUAAUGCUCCAGUACAUGUGGACGUUUGUGGCGGUGUGUUGACAGUGGUGCCUGAGUCAUUGACAUCUAAGUAUUGAAAUUUUGAUGAUCUUUUUGACAGCAUGCAAUGGGGAACUGCUGGACCAGGUGUUGUGCGAUAUUCCGAAAGGAAACGAACAGGAUCAAAAGAGGAGGUCUAAAUACUUUAAAGCUGUUGGGGACCAUUGCACUGUAGAGUUUGAGAACCUGGUGGAGAGCGAUGAGGAGGGAAAUCCCGGCAGCUGUCUCAGAGCGAUCAGCGAGGAGGAGAUGGCCCACCUGAAGGAGCAGCGCUACGCUGCCAUCUCCGACAAGCAGACGCUGGUGGACGAGCGGCUACGGGCUGAGUUAGCGGCAGAGGAGGAGAGACUGAGGCAGGAAGAGGAGGCGGAGUGCACGGCCCAGCGAGAGGCGUCCAGGAGGGUGCGGGAGAGGAGGUGGCAGGAGCAGGCGCAAAGCAGGGACACCAGUGCAGAAGCUGGAAGCUGUGGAGAUCCUCAGACAACGCUGGUGGCAGGAAGCAGUACCGGAGUCCCCCAGCAGGAGGCACUGAGGAGUAGUAGCGUUGCCAUGGCAACACCCAGCACUGGGAGCGGUCGUGACCUCAUCAGCAGAAGGCAACGUUCCCUCAACGAUGAUGGAUCUUCAGAGGAGCUGGAGUGGGAUGGUGAGGAAGGUGAAUCCCAGGCAGAAAUGGUUCAGCAGUCUGGUGCCUGGGACCGUGGCACCUCCCUGGAGUGGGAGGACGACUUCGUUAGCGCCCGCGCCGAGGACUGCGACGACCCCGAGUUCGACGGCUUCGUCAAUCCCGUCCUGGAUGCGCCGUCCUGGGACAGCGACCAGCAGGACAGAUAGGCCCAAUGGGAGGCGGGAACAGAAUGAGGGCAGAUUAUAAAAAGCACCAAUACCAGCCAAGGCACCAGUUUCAGCUAAGACUGCAGCGAAUCCCAACCCAUCCUCUAAUAAGAAAGAAAAGACUAAUCCUUUCCUUCAACUGGUGAAGGGCACUUGGUGAACUGGUGUGCACAAAGGGGACUCAUUAUCGUUUAUCAUCCAAAGGACUGAAGGAUUAUUUAGUUAUUAUUCCGCUCGGCUUAUUUUUUUCCCUUUUUAUCUUGCUCCUCAUCAGAACUUUCCUUUUUAUUUUAGCGGUCAUUCCAUUUAAUUAGUUGCACUUCUGUAGAUCUUUUUCCUGAACAGGGUACCCUAAAGGACAUGGUGUUUCUGUAUAAGUAUCAUGGAACCAAGUGGGCUUUGUAGAAUAUGGUCCACACCUAAGGCAUUAUACCCCCGUCUGGCCUGCGGUCUACGUCACAGGAUGUCUGUUCUAAACCCUUUUGUCCCUACCUUGUUUUGUUUGGCAUCAGCCCAGUGACCAAAGGCACCGUCUUCUCAGAAAUGGGUCUGCAGCCUUAUGAUAACUCCUUUCGGUUGCACCCCCGAUCCCAGUGUCUCGCCCAACAUAAUCCUGCCGUGGUUCUUCUUCCCAGCCAGUGCCUGGAGUUUUGGGUCCUCCUUGUUCCCGUUCAGGGUGGUCUGCUGUGCCAAACUGAUUUGUCUUCUCCCCAAAGUAGCCUGGCUUGUAAUUUCCAGGAAGUUCUGCGGGUGGCUGUCCCACAUCCUGAUUGGGUGCAGUGGUGUCCCGUCACCAUAGAAACAUUUCGUUCAGUAAUGACAACACUAUGUGUGUGUGUGUGUGUGCUUGCUUUUUAAAACAAACCUUAUCUUGAUAUAUAUAUAUAUAUAUAUAUAUAUAUAUAUUUUAUAGACUCAGAGUAAAAACUGGAGACAGCAAGUGAGAUUUUGACAUUUAACAAAAACAGCAGAAUCUCUUGAUGGGGUUUUCCUUUGGUUUGAUCAGGCACAGACACAGUCCCUGGGUUAAAACUUCUUUUCCGUUACCCGUUUUACAUUCUAACGGGAGAUGGAAACCAGAAUGAUUGCUCAUUACAGUCCACUACCACUCCCAGAGUCACACCUCUUUCUGAAUGUAUGUACUGUAGGUUUAAUUUUUUGGUUUCUCUGUUUUAUACAAUAUUUACUCUUCAAAUGAACAUCUGUUGUUUCAUAAAUCAUCACUGAAUUGCAAAAUACAUUCUCCUCAUCUA